GCCAGGGAGUGCGUUAGCGAGGCGGUCGGUGUGUGCGUGCGGUCGCAGUGCGGUGUGUGCGUGUGCUUCGGGGAGUCGGGGAGGAGUGCGGUCUGUGAUUUACUUCAGUUUCAACAAGCAAAGCCCGGCACCGCCAUGGACAGAGUCGUGGUCGCUGUGCUCGCGUCUUCGCUGGUGGUUGCUUUGGCCGCCGCCGCCCCUAGGAUAAGGGUGGCGCGGGACACUGGCGCGGCGCUGCGGCUGGGGCUGCCGUCCAACGCCACCUCCAUCCGCGCGGGCGAGAUGCUGUCGGAGCGCUUCUCGUGCGCCGGCCGGCACUACGGCUACUACGCGGACCCGGACAACGACUGCCAGCUGUUCCACGUGUGCCUGCCCGUGCAGUUCGACGACGGCCGCGGCGCCAUGUACAAGUGGAGCUUCGUGUGCCCCGAGGAGACCAUCUUCAACCAGGAGACCUUCACGUGCAGCCGGCGCGAGGACGCCAUCUCGUGCCAGGACUCGGAGCGCUUCUACGGCCUCAACGAGGACCUCGGCGUGUCGCGGCGCCAGCAGCAGCAGCAGGAUCAGGACCUCGACGACGCCGACAACGCGGCCGACACCAUGCCCGACGACAACAUGGCCGACGUCGUGGAGGACACGGCGUCAUACCAGCACCCGGUGCAGGCGGUGCAGCACCAGCAGGGCAUGGUCAGGCCCAUGGAGGGCAGGCCGCAGGCCCUGCAGCAGGCCCAGGCGGACGGCCCGCAGCAGCAGGCCACCACGGACACCUCCGACGAGGGCACCAACAAGUACGGAGCCUUCACCACCAUCAGAUACUAACCACUGCUGCAGCAUGCCGCGCUCGAGUUUCCUCUCUGAGAUCUCCUCCCUUCCACCUUCCUGAGUCCACCUCUGUGCUUCCGUCUGUUUUGUUUAAUCUGCCACUCUCAUCAUUCUAUUCUACCAUUACAUGCUUAAGAAUUUUGAUGUAGUAAUGGUGAUAUUAGUUUGGCGUCAAGGGGCAGUUUCGUUUCCAUCUUGAAGUAAACGGAAGAUGAUGUUGCACAAAUAUGUGACGAAACCUCUGAUGAAAGCAAGGUGAUAUUGUGCCACAGUGAAAAUGUAUUCUGAGGAAAUCUUGUCCACAACUUAUUUAUUUUUUCACCUGUUUGAGUGGAUAAGAUUGCCUCGGUCAUGGUUAAGGAGCCUUGGUCUACAAAAUUAGAUUUUGUAAAUCGAUGCUCUUCUUGCAAUACCCAUGUGAAAUAGUUAUUUUACUCUAAUAAAGGAAAGUGAUCAAUACUAUCUUGUCAUUGUUGAAAUAAAUACUGCAAAUUUG